AUGAGUACAAACUUAACAGCCUUGAACUUUCAUCAACACAAGAAUCUAUCUUCAAACGAAAUUAACGAGACAGAAUUUACAACAAAAGUAAAAUACAAUCCACCAAAUGUGAGAACAUGUAAUGACUAUUGCAAGCAUCCACAACCUCGCUUUCAUCUGCACAGUGAAUAUAGAAAGGUUGUUUUAAAUUAUCUCUUUAUCCCAUUCACUCAAUGCUUGCCUGGUUGCAAAGCAACAAAAAACACAACGAACAUCAAAACACAAACCCUAGAUGGUUCAACCCUGUUCGAAGUCAUUAAUGAACAUAAAUCUUGCAAUCUCUGGAACAAAAAAGUCCAUAAAAGUCUACCUUAUCGUAGCAGACGCAGUGAUCCAGAAAGUCGACCCCAGGUGCUAAAUAACGGAUUAUUUGUUUACAUCACAUCACCCAGAAUGAUGUUAGUUGCCUUCAUUCUCUCGACUGUCCUCAUCUCAAUACUCAUUUUGGACUGUAAUCUGUGUCAUCGUAAGAAAGGAAUAAUGUAUUCUAUAAAAGUUGUGGAAAGAAUGAAGAGUGUGAAGACUGCGUAA